AUGGGCACCCUGUAAACGCCUCCUCAUGCUGCUGCCAGGCCGUAAUCUGCCAUGGGCCCCAGUACCGCCUCCUCAUGCUGCUGCCAGGCCCGUAAUCUGCCAUGGGCCCCUUGUACCACGCUCUUCAUGCUGCUGCCAGGUCCAGAGUCUCUCAUGGGUCCCUGUACGGCCUCCCAUUGCUGCUGUCUCCAUCGCCCACACUUCUGCCAUGUGCCAUUUCAGGUCUCCUCACACUGCUGGUGGGUUCCAUUUUUGUCAUAGGGUGCUGUAUGGCCCUGUACCCAUUGCUGCUGCAUCCACCGCCACACUGUGGCUCCACACUCUGGUUUUGCCCCGUGACUGCCCAAAUGAGUGAAAGUGUGCGGUGAUUAUAAGAUCGACGGCACUCAUCUGCAUUUGUCAUACUGAAUGACAGUAUUAUUUCUCUUCCCCAGCAGAUCCUCCUCAAGGGCAUUUAAAUUAAAGGUACAGUGUUCUGCACUAAUAUGA